AUGCCCCUCUGCAUCAGAAGCAACUCAAAGUUGUCACUUCAGAAAUGCGGUAAACCCGACUGUUCUUCAGUCGUCUACUGCAAGGACGGUUGCAUUUCUUUGUGGUGCAAAAGACAUUCGUGCCGCCUUGGACCUGCUCUCUGUAGGGAAAAGAAGAGAAAAAGCAAGGACUACUGUCACCUGCACAGGGCAUGUGAUGCUCAGGGAUGUAGUGUGGAGAGGGACUACAAGCACACAGUUUCUUGGUGUUGCCCGGAACACGCCUGUCGCUUUGACAGUCCACCUGGCAAACGGGCUUGUACAAAGAAGCCUGCAGCGAAUUCCGCCUACUGCGGUGACCACGUGCAACAGUCGACGUGCGCGUGGGAACGUUGCAGGCUGGAAAAGUUUCCGGGCAGCCAAUUCUGCUUGACACACAAGUGUGUCGUGUGCUCAAGAGGAUGUUAUCCCGGCCGUGAUACUGGGCACUGCUCCCAGCACCAACCCUGUGCAGCCCCUACGUGUACCGACUUCUGCGCUGUUGGGAGCGAUGGCGAGCCUCAGAUGUGCUGUCCCGAGCACCACGUCUGUUCAGCUCCUGGGAGAAAAUGCCAGGAGGUUGUGAUCAAGGCCCAGACAUGCUGUCAGUGGCAUCGCUGCGGUGUCAACGGGUGUAAGGGGAGCCGGGAUCAGUUCCGCGGCCAAAGAAAUCUGUGGUGUCGAGAUCCAAGCCCGGGCGUUCCAUUUUCUCGAAACUGUGUCGACCACACAUGUCGGCAGGCGGAUUGCUUCGGGCAGGCCAUUGACGCCCGUGGACUGUGUCAACAGCACUGCUGCAGAGCUCUCGGCUGCAACAACCAAGCUGCGACGGGGAACGCUUAUUGCGGGAACCACAAGUGCCAGGACGCAGACUGCCAGCUGCCUGCUAAGAUGCCGGGCGGGUACUGCACGCAGCACGCGUGCGUUGUUGAAGAUUGCGGUGGUGAGAGAGCUAAAUCUUACCGCAACAUGUGUCCGGAGCACGUCUACCGCGCGGGACGCGAUGAUGAGUUUAAUGAACGCAAUCACUUGGAAGCGCAGCGGAUGGCCGACGAGGAAGAACGGCUAGCGGAACAGAAGAGGAUCAAGAAUGAGCGCGAAGAGCGAGAGAUGCUUGCACAAUAUGCGAGGGCCAAGGAGCAGGAGCAACGAGAAGCGGCCGCCCGACAGCAUCGACAACAACAACGCCACUGGCGAGCUGUCCCAAGACCUCAAGCCCGGGAAGAUAGGGCACAGCAAGAGGCAGAUCAAAGGGCGCGGCUCUACCAGCGUUUGCCAACGGGGGGAGUGCGAGGCUGGUGA